AUGGAAAAUAUAGAGAAGGAAAACAAGGAAGAAAAUUAUUUGGACAGACUUACAAAUUUGUUUAAAUAUUUAACAUUAGGUGUAGAAAAAAAUAAUAGUACAGAAAAAAAUUCGACUCAUUCUAUUAAAUAUGAUGGUCAUAAAAAUAGUUUACAACAAGUUGUUUAUAAUUUAAAAUUGAAGAGGGCAUCUGAGUUAAGCGUUCCUCACAGAAUUUUGGGAAACACGAGCAUAUCCAAGAAUGAUUCUGAUAAAGAAAGAGAUAACAAUACAAAGAAGGAAGAAAAUGAUGAUACACGUGAUAGUCAAAUAUAUGAUCACAACAUAUGUGGACUUAUUAAAGAACACCAAGAUAUUCAAACAAUAUCUUUACAACAAGAAGAUGACAAAAAGGUUUAUUUUUACUCUUCUAGUAUAGAUCUUGAACAUGGGGAAAUUUAUAAAAUAGACCAAGCACAUAAGAAAAAAAAGAAAAAAAAAAAAAAAAAAAAGGAAAAGGAAAAGGAAAAGGAAAAGGAAAAGGAAAAGGAAAAGGUAAAGGAAAAGGAAAAGGAAAAGGAAAAGGAAAAGGAAAAGGAAAAGGAAAAGGAAAAACAUAAAGAUGAACAUAAAGAUGAACAUAAAGAUGAACAUAAAGACACAUAUAAUGAUAAACAUAGUGAUAAACAUAGUGAUAAACAUAGUGAUAAACAUAAUGAUAAACAUAGUGAUAAACAUAGUGAUAAACAUAGUGAUAAACAUAAUGAUAAACAUAAUGAUAAACAUAAUGAUAAACAUAAUAAUAAACAUAAUAACAAAUACAAAAAAAGAAAAAGUAAAAGUAAACUAUAUGAAUUAGAAGAACAAAAUUAUUCAAAGAAUAAAAUAAAACUGGUUGAUUCAGAAAAAGAAAAUAUUCUCAUGACAAAUUUAAAAAGUGUCUCGUCCUCUAAUAAUUCAGAAGAUAUAAAGAAUGAACCAAACAUAAAACAAAAUAUUAUCAAUAAUAAUUUAUAUACAUUACAUAAAAAUAAAACAUACAUAAGUAUAAGAAGUAAUAAAGAAAAAAAUCGUGUAAUUAAAUUACCAAAACUAAAUUUCACAAAUAACCUCGAAUCUUCUUCAAAUGACUAA